CGCCGCACGGCCUUAUGAGCCAAUUGCAGGAAGAAGUUGCUGCUGAUAUUACUUUGAUUCCCGUUUCGACAUCCUGAUCACCAUCUAACAAGAUCCCCUAAUAUCCAGUACUAACAAAAAGGAUGUCUACCUAUUUCGAGACCGUAAAGAAGUCGUACGCAGACGUACCCGUAACCGAAAAGGGAGUCGAUACAUCCUCGUUCCUAGAAGCAACAGAAGGUUUGAUCAAGCUGUUUGAUCUACUAGGAAAUUCAGCAUUUGUGAUUGUGCAAAAUGAUAUGAAAGGAAAUGUGAAAAAGAUUCAAGAUAGAUUUUUAUCAAACCCAGUUCAAAAUGAAACUUUGGAAGAAUUGGUAAAAGGAGAAGGUGCACCUGGAGAUAAAAAACGAACGGCAACAGAAGGUUUAAUGUGGUUAUUACGUGGUUUGGAUUUCACUGCAAAAGCAUUAAGAAGAAGUGUGAAUGAUAAAAACGAAGAAUUAGCAACUUCAUUCUCAAAAGCAUACGAAGGAAGUUUGAGACAAUAUCAUAACUUCGUCGUCAAAGGAGCUUUCGCACUCGCAAUGAAAGCUUGUCCUUAUCGUCAAGACUUUUUUGCUAAACUUGGCUCUCCUCCCGAAAAGGUCGAUGUUGAAUUGCAUAAAUGGUUAGACGCACUCGAAAAGAUUGUCAAACAAUUACAAGACUUUUACACUUCAGGUAAUUACGCAAAGGGUUUCUAGAAGUGUGUCAUUUCGUGCACAUUCACUUUCCACCUCUGCAUGUAUGAUCCUGUCUAAACAUUCCUUUUCGCAAUUUAUAUCUUUCGCGAUUUCGCAGCACUUGCAUCUAGUAUUGGGAAGAGGUGUG